AUGUCCGGCACGGGAGCUCCCGCCUCCGCAGCCGAACCACCCGCGUCCGGGGAAAUCCGGAACACGUCGACCGGCUCAUCAACGAGUGCACAAGAUGCCGCUGCCGACAAUCUCAUCCAACUUACGAAGGAUGAUUUCUACACCCUGUUCGGCACACCGACAGGCGACCCCAAACGCGAACCGGACAGCUUAGAGGAGAAGGAGAGUCGUCAUUCUUCCAAGGCUCCUCGCUGGUGGAGGGUAGUCAAAGGCUGCAAGACCUUCGACCCGGAACACAACAUCGGCGUGUGGCAAAACAUCCGAUUUGAAGAGGUGGCCUCGCAGCGGAGAUAUUACCUUUACAACACUAUCGUCUACGGUGGCCUUGUCUCGCAGCUCGUCAUCUCAGCCGUGCUAAUCCUCCUGGGCGCUAACUCGUCGGAUCACCAUAUUGCAAUCGCGGUUCUGGGGUCUGCGAAUGGCGUCAUCACGGGCGUCUUGAGUUUGAUUAGGGGGCAGGGCUUGCCCAACCGGUUGAUGCAGUACGCAAAUGGAUUGCGGAAAAUACGGGAGCAGAUUGAGUGGAUGGAGAAGGAGGUGAGAGCGAAGAGAAGAAUUGUUUCGUACCAGGAGGCGGUAGAGCUCAGGAACUUGUACGAGCAGACACGGGCGGAUGCACAGAGAAACCAUCCGGAUACCUGGACCUCGGGCUCAGGGACGGAUAGUAAGACUUGGAAAGGCGACGAGAAAGGCACCAGGCACCCAUGA